AGAAGCGAAUCUGCAGCUCUCUUCAGGAAAAACCAAGGGCUACCGCGGAACGAUUUGGGGAUUUAAAUAUACUUAACACCAUGUUAUUCUGGCAUUGCCGGUGGUUGUGUGCAAAUACCGCAAAUACGGAUUUGUGAGUGGGCACACCAUGGACACAGUGGAGGUAAUUGUCUGUUUCCUAAUAGUUGCGAUUAUUUUAGUUGCGUUGCUGUCCAAUGUGGUGGUGCUGAUUUGUUUUUUGUACAACGCCGAGAUCCGGAAGCAAGUCCCGGGUUUGUUUAUCCUCAACCUGACCUUCUGCAACUUGUUGAUGACUGUUCUGAACAUGCCGUUGACUUUGGUAGGGAUUAUAAACAAGCAGCACCCUGGAGGUAAAGGAUUCUGCCAGACCCUCGGGUUUUUGGAGACAUUCCUCACUACUAACUCCAUGCUGAGCAUGGCAGCUUUGAGCAUUGAUAGGUGGAUCGCUGUGGUUUUCCCGUUAAAUUAUCAUUCCAAAAUGCGCCACAAGGACGCUGUCAUAAUGCUGGGCUACACGUGGGUCCACUCGCUGUCCUUCUCCACAGUGGCAGUGUGUCUCUCGUGGGUAGGAUACCAUCAGUUGUAUGCAUCGUGUACUCUUUGCAACGGGAGGGCGAGUCACAACCGGACCCAGUUUAUGAUUUUUACUGUGGUUUUCCAUGUCUUCACGUUUCUUCUAUCUUUGAUAGUUUUAUGUUUUACUUACUUAAAAGUGCUAAAGGUGGCACGGUUUCACUGUAAGAGGAUAGACGUUAUCACAAUGCAGACACUGGUACUACUAGUGGACAUUCACCCAAGUGUUAGGCAGCGAUGCCUCGAAGAGCAGAAGAGAAGAAGACAGAGAGCCACAAAGAAAAUCAGCACCUUUAUCGGCACGUUUGUGAUUUGCUUUGCACCUUAUGUGAUAACAAGACUGCUGGAGUUGUCUUUACCAAUUUCAAUCAACUUUCAUUGGGGAGUAUUUUCCAAAUGCUUGGCUUACAGCAAAGCAGCUUCAGAUCCAUUUGUGUACUCCCUACUUCGACAUCAGUACAAGAAGACAUGCAGUGAUAUUAUUAACAAGAUUCUGAAAAGGAGCUCUUUAAAUACGUCAGGACUCAGAGGUGAAAAUGGAAGAAACACCAUUGUACAGGCUGCAGAGUGAAUGCUCAACCAUCUGAAUUUUGUAGCUCAGAAAUACCAAAAAAUAUUAUGUAUAUGUAUAGGUAAGUGCAGUAGAGACCAGAAUCACAUAUUGUCUGACUGGUGCAAGAAAGGCUAAAAAGACUGACAGGUACAGUAGGUUCUCAGCUUUAUUUCACCUCAAACACAAAUCGCCUUGACUUAUUAUAGUAUUCAUUAAAAGGAGCAGGGGUCCUGGGAAUUUCAGAGGAAACUGUUUUAUUGAGGAGUUUAAUGUGACAAUAAUUUAUCUUUUGGGCAUAGGAAAGACAUACCUGAAGUAUAUGCUUAGUGAAAGAGCUAAUAAAAAAAAGAGAAUUAAAAACCAUUAUGACAUAGGUAACGUGGGUGGCACUACAAUGGCUUGAGCACUGAUGGAAUAUGUCAUUUCUGGUAUGCAGCAGUAAGCAAUUUUUAACAGUAUUCCAACUGUGCACUUAAGCUAAAACAUUUUACAGCUCCCCCAAUCUCUGCUAAUUCAGUGGUUAGUUGGCUGAUUGACUUUUAUUGACCAUUUUCCCUGCCGUUUCUUAAUCAUUCUGUACCAGACAGGGAGAGUUGUAUCCCCACACAGUUACGUUUGCAAAACAAAUUGCUGGUCGAGUUCAGUGAUGCAGUACAUCUUUUAACAAAAACAUGAGAUCUCCAUAGUAACACUGCUAUUACUGAACUAAGCCUGCAACAUUGUUUUAAUCGAGUCAGUUUUAAUUGACAGGGUUUGUCUUGGCUUGUCUAUAACUUUGAAAAUGACCAAAACUCUGUUUUGAGUGCCUUUCUUAAAUGACAUGCCUGAAAUAAGAUUCGAUCCAUAAUAGCAGUCCACUGAUCUGCUUGGGGUUGGUUAAAAUCACUAUAAAGAUUCAUCACAUUUAAUUAUUUUAAAAUAGAACAAAACAUCUCCUGUGACUAUUCAUUCACUAAAUCAGAUGAACAUUGUAUUUUUAUUUAGAGCUUUCAUGGCUAUUUCAAUUUUCAAGUAGUGCAAUUUAAAAAAGGGUGUAUUAUAUGGUAUAUAAUAAGUGUUGUCUAAAUAAUAAUUAGACUAGCUAGUUUUUAAACUUGUUAAUGGUCUUUUUUUUCAUUUCAUCCAAAAAAUAAUUAAUUCAUAUAAUAAAAACACUGGAGAAGAAAGUUCAUUAUAUGAAAUCUACCAGCAAUUCUGAUUUGUUUAAAUUCUAAAACAGAGUAUAACUGUUAAAAUAAACAUAAUUGCCCUAUUUCACUACACUUAAGCAGAAGUAAAACAAAUAUAAUUAAUCUCAGACUAAUAUAGCUAUUUUUAUAUGAUUGCUGUGCACCAGGUUUAUUGAUGUAUUUAUUUUUGUUCUUGUAUUUAUUUAUUAUUGUGUAUUUAUUGUCAAACCAGGCCCUCUGUAUCAGAAGGUCCUGAUAUAGACUUGUGCUGCUGGCCAGUUAAGAAUGUUUUAAUUCUACCCCAUGUGCCAGGCUAGACAGGGUUUAUUUUCUGUAGACAAAUUAGCAUUAUAAUACAAUCUUUUCUCAUUUUGGCAAAUUAACUAUUUUAAUUAAUCUCUAAUAAAUGAACCUUACAAAUAUAUAAAAUGAAAGCUAGCCACAAACAGACAGAAAAUAAUUAAGAAAUAGUGCGAACAAAAGCACAUAUCACCAUCAAUUACUCAAAUAUAAGUGGAAGAGAGACCUACAGUAUUACAAAUUCUAUCUUGAUAUAAAUUAAAGGGUGUG